CUCUACACUUCAACACACUACUUCAACAAUGGCUCACGAUACUGUUCGCGGCGUCGUCAUCAUCGCCCGUGCUGGCGACCGUGUUGGUUACGAACAGAACCCAAUGAACUACGACAGCUCACCCACGGAGUGUACUCCGCUCGGAGAGGUCCAGUCGUUCGACCUCGGACAAACUCUCAGCGACAUCUACUUCGACCCUUCCUCGCCUGAUGCGAUCAAAGGCAUCCAAAGCGACCUAGCCGACCUCGAACAGAUUCAUGUUCGUGUGAAGAACGGAGGCGAGGGCCGUGUUGUGUUCGACUCCGCGUUGGCGAUGCUGCAGGGACUGUUUCCCCCGACGGAGAAGAACAGUAUCGAGCUCGCCAACGAGCAGCGGAUUACGGCGCCCCUUGGUGGUUACCAAUACGUUCCUGUCGAGACCGUCGAGCCGUCGAAUGAUCGUUCGUUGGAGAGCUGGACCGACUGCCCUGCGUUCGAGGCCCACGUCAAGAAGGUCUACGGCUCAAGUGACUUCAAGGAGAAGGCCAAAGAGGCUCAGAAGUUUCUCUCUGAGGCGAAGGACUUCGUCUUUGGGAGGUCCACCAGCUUCGAGAAUGUUCACAAUAUUCACGACUACAUGAACGACCAGUUGACCCACAAUAGGACGUAUGCCCACCGUUUGCCACCGACGUUUAUCGAGCAAGCUCGUCACUGGGCGAACUACCAUGAGACCGCCGUCUUCGGCGACUCUCGGAUGGGUGGCAUUGGAAACAUCGCCAGUCGCACUCUCAUGCGAUCUAUUAUCAGCACCUUGCAGCGCAUCACCCUUGACGGAGAUCCCCUUCAGUUCCUCGUCGAGGCCACCACGUACCAGCCUUUCAUCUCCCUGUUCCAUCAAAUCGACGCUAUCGAAAAGGACCCAAGUCUCCAGGCCAUCCCCGACUAUGCAUCUGCUAUUGCUAUCGAGCUCAGGCGCGGAGAACUCCCCGACAAGCGUGACUUCCUCCGCUUCAAGUUCAGGAAUGGUACCGUCGACGACGACUUCCGUCUCCUCCAUGCGUUCAACCACAAGGAAGACAUCCCGCUAACCGAGUUCAUCUACCGUAUUGAGAACUCAGUGAUCGGAUCCCACAGUCAGUGGCAGCGUGUGUGCGGUUCCAGGUCGGUGUGGCCUGCGAUCCCUAACCCAUUCUCUGGCAUCGACAACGCGGAGACCCUUCCUUCUGCUGGAGAGCCUCAGCCUCUCAUGUCGGCGAUGUACGGAGCCAUGUUCGCCGCCCUUUUGAUGUUCCUAGCAUUCUCGACGAUGAAGUUUGCUCGUCGCAUGUACAAUGGGCGUAGGAUCCGUCUUGACAGGAUCGAGGCGGAUGAGCCCGUGGGUAUCUCGACUCCCCUUAUCCGUGACAACCAGGCCUUCAACGAGAAGCGCCAUGUCAUGUUCGGAAUGUAAUUUCCUCGCAUGAUGCUGGCAUUUCUCACUGUCGUGGCGAGAACAUUGCAUGAUAUUUAUGAACUUGUCUGCGGUGGUCGAGUAUCUAUGCUGGCACACAAAAUUCACGCAUGAUGGCGGCGAACAAUGGCAUUUGUAUCAUAUUUGUAUCAUCUGCUGUGUACACGAUAGCGUUUCUGCUUUAUCCAUUUUUCUUUUCC